AAACAGCGAAACCAUUUCUGUCAUUUUUUAGUUCUUCUAUCGUAGCAUCCGUACUGACAUAAUCUGCACAUUAGAGUGAUGAAUGUCAAUUACUGCUCAUAUGUAGCCUCCUGCCAAAAAUGAUGCUCAGAAUCGGGGAGGUCCCUCCUGAGCAUCUCCUAGCUCCCCACACAGAAAAGGAGGCGGCUUCGGGCCUUCGUUGGCUGCCGCCCCAUCAUCUCUAAGAAGGAAGGGGAGCGUGUCUGCCUCCUGAAGGUUCGGAAAUCAAUCGAAAAUAAUCCAUGCAACCGUCCGACGUCGGGAGCCCCACCCCUGCGCCUCAGGCCAGCUGGACGCCGUUCCUGCGAGCCCGACGCGCGGCCCUGAAGUGGGCCCAGGAGAGCGUCCUCGGCGUCCGUGGGGUGGCCGGCUGUGGUCCUGACGCCCACAAGUGGCCAGGCCCGCGGGAUUUCCUGGCAUGCGGUCAAGUCCGCAAACGCCGUCCGCGCAUCCUGAUGCGGGAGGGCGGGACCUUGGGCCGAGCGCGGGUGGCUGCGCCGGAAGCGCGGUGCGGGGCUGUAGGGCGCGCGGACACACCGCGUGCUGCAGGCACCGUGAAGUGGAAGGGUUAGGAAACGCACAGGAACGUGUACGAGAGAAGGCGAGAUGUGGAGGGGAACUCACAUUUCUAGGGUAACUCAAGAAAAAUUCGCGUUUAAAGAGAACCUCUCUGGCGAAGCGUCAGGAAGGGCUUCCUGGUGGUGGUGCAUUCGAGGGUGGUUGUCAUAGUGUUCGUUUUUAUUUUUCCCUCAGGAAUUGUUAUAUUACCCCCCCAAAUGGUGUUCGCACUCGUGAUCUCUAACAAAAUCCAUCCCAUAAGCAACCCCCGGAUUUAUGAUCUAAAAAGCCCAGUGGCUUUUUAGUCUGGCACUUGAUGACCUCCGUAUGAGGAGUCUUUCUAACCUCAUCUCACAGCUCUCUGUAAUUCAGUACUUUAAUCUUGCGUUGAGCUUGGGCAUUGCCACCAGCUGUGGACGGAACUAUUUCCCUCCUCCCCCAAUCCGUAUGUUAAAGCCCCGCCCCACCCCGAUAUGUUGGUAUUUGGAGAUGGAGCCUUUGGGAGGUAAUUCAAUUUAUAUGAGGUCACGCGGGUGGGUCCCCCAUGGCGGGAUUAGUGCCCUUAAGAAAAAAAACAACAAAGAGCUUGUUCUCCUCUGUGUGCCACGUGAGGACAGAGCAAGAAGGGGCUUUCACCUGGAACCCAAACUGCCCCAUCUUUAUCUGGGACUUAGUCUCCGGAAUUGAAAGAAGUAAAUGUUGUUAUAGCCA